AUGCAUGCUCCCUACCAAUUGGAACUGGCCCUAAGUGAAGACGAUCCGGACAUCCGCCAGAAAUAUCGGCCAUUCAUCCUCAAAGACAACAAUGCUGAUGACUGGAUCAACAGUCUGGAAUUGGAAACUGUGUCGGACAUGGCCCAGCAGAAUCUCAAGACCACAGGCAAGAGACUCAAAGUUUUGGUGCUCUACGGCAGUCUUCGAAGAAGGUCCUACUCCCGGCUAGUGGCACUGGAAGCAUCACGCAUCUUAUUUCGACUUGGCUGCGACGCCCGUGUCUUUGAUCCCAGAGGUCUUCCGGUAAAGAACGACAGCGAUACCGAACAUCCUAAAGUACAAGAGCUCCGCGAGCUUAGUAUAUGGAGUGACGGCCAGGUAUGGGUUUCUCCCGAACAGCAUGGAAACUUGACGGCUGUUUUCAAAAACCAAAUUGACUGGAUCCCCUUGAGUACUGGUAGUGUUCGUCCUACCCAGGGCCGCACACUUGUUGUUGCGCAAGUAUGUGGUGGAUCACAAUCCUUCAAUGCAGUAAACUCCCUGCGUCUCCUCGGUCGUUGGAUGCGAAUGUUCGUUAUUCCAAACCAAUCUUCGAUUCCCCAAGCAUACACCCAUUUCCCUAAUGAGGGUCAGCCAGGGGAUCAACGGCUAUUGCCGAGUGGCAAUCGAGAUCGGUUGGUGGAUUGCAUGGAGGAAUUUGUCAAAUAUACUAUUCUCAUGCGGUCUCACGUUGGGCUUUUCGCUGAUCGUUUCAGCGAACGCCAGCAGAGGCUCAAUGCGACAAAGUAG